UUGGUCCCUGCUGCUGUUAAGUUGAUAAAUAAGAUGCUUGACUUGGUUGGGAAGUUUGAUACAGAAGGAAGUGUGGUUGGACAGGUUUAUUUGGUAACUAAUGUGUCUACCAAGAAAAUUUUCACAGUGAACAUUGUAGACAAACAAUGCACUUGUUUGCAAUGGCAGCUAAGGGGAUUCCCUUGUCAACAUGCUGUAUGUGCAUUGAAACUGCUCAGGCCAAACUGGAAAGAUUAUUGUGCUCCUUACUACUCUGUGGAAUAUUAUAGGACCAUAUAUGCAGAUGUUGUAAAUCCACUAGAAGACAUAAGUGAAUGGAACUGGGAAGAUAAGGCAUCCAUGGACAUCAACUUAAAGCCUCCUCCUUAUCAAAGAAAAACUGGAAGACCAGCAAAGAAGAGGAAGAGGAGCUAUGAUGAACCUGAAACUGUGGUGAAGAAAAGGAAAUGUGGAAAGUGUGGAUCUACUGCUGGUCAUAAUAAGAGAACCUGUGCUGGUGGUGAUGUUGGUAAAAACCCAACUGGAUUCAUGCCAAGCACCGAGUAUGAUGCUGCAAACUGCACCUUCACUAGUAGAGAUCAUCCUGAAAGUAGCAGUGCAAGGGGUAAAGCAAAGGUGAACAAAUCCAGAGGUACAUCUUCAUUUGUUGGUGAGUCAACAUGACCUAAAAACUUUG